CGUUGAAGUACUUUUCACCGCAGAAGUCUUUCAUGCUUGGGAAAGGUUCAAUGGGUAAAGUUGUUUUUGUUGGUAUCAUGGAAGAUGGUGCUGAAGUGGCUGUAAAGAGGAUGUUGAAUCAGCUGUUUGACCAUACAGCUCAAAACGAGUUAGAAAUUCUGAGUCGAAUUGAUGCAAGCAAGUCACCAUUUAUUGUAAGCUAUCGAACAGUUUUAAAAGACGCGACCUUUCUGUAUCUAGUUGUAGAUCUCUGUGAAGAAACAUUGAAGGAGCACGUUUGUACUCAAAGUUUGGAAUAUCUACAAGAUCAUGGUCCAAGAAUGAUCAAAGAAAUCUUGAACGGAAUUGAAUUUCUUCACAGUCAAGGAAUUUUACACAGAGAUCUCAAACCAUCAAAUGUCUUGGUUGAUCUCGAAGGUCACAUGAGAUUGGCAGACUUCGGAAUAAGUCGUAUUUUGAAUGAAGAAGAAACCACAGUUCGUACAGGUGCGAAGGGAACCCGAGACUGGAUGCCCGCCGAAGUAAUUGAAGUAGUAGAUAAAGAAGAGAAAGGACGUUUUAAAAAGAAAUCUGAUGUUCAAGUCGCAGGUAUGAUCGCUUUCUUUAUUUCAACUAAAGGUGAGCAUCCUUUUGGUCCUGUGCUUGAACGAAUGGCAAACAUUUCGAAAGGAAAUCCUGUUAACUUGCACAUGCUCCGCGAUCUUCAAGUUCGAAAGUUUAUUUCUUGGUUGAUCAGUCAUAACAUUGAUGAUAGACCUUAUGCUCAUGAGGCGUUGGCGUAUCCCUUUAUGGUCCAUGUGGAAAAGUCCCUUGCGAAAAUUUCACGUAAGUUUUACGUAUAGGUGAAUGAAUUUUCAUGAUCAAUUUUAAUUGUUCCAAUGUAAAAUUAAUUUUCACAUAUGAAGCCUUACGUUCACAUUUGAAAGAAUAAUUAUGUGAAACUCAAAUUGGAUGUCUAAAGAUUCUGAAUUUGUUAUACGAAAUGAGCAAUUUAACAUUUCAACUGUUCCAGUUCAACCAAAAAAUUCACAUGUGAAAUGAUAUGUGAAACUUCCAUCAGGAAUAUGAAGUGUUUCCCAAAUUAAUGAAACAUUGUAGUAGUGGGAUGAACAAAGUACGAUCUGGAAACAUUAACCAUAGUGUGCAAUAGUAUUCAUUGUUAUGUACAAUUUGAAACACGGGUAGGAGUGCUUUAUUAGAUAUAAAACACGAGAGCGCAGCUCCACUAGUGUUUUAUAUCUGAUAGAGCACUGACUGCGAGUGUUUUAUAUGGCUUAAAAAACUACCCAUCUGAUGAGUUCAUUGGCGAAGUAAUUUUAAGAAUAAACGUUGUCUAAGCCGAGCAAAUCAAAGCUAAAGUUUAUGUAAAUGAACAUGAUUUUUUAUCACAUAUAAAACAACCGACACGGCAGUGAUUUCUGUUGUCUUUUUCUCAUGAAUUAUUAAUGAGUUUUUUAAGAUGCAUAUGUGAGUGGUUCAAGUAAAAAUGACACGUUAUGCACGGCAUACGGAAAAUGACUUUUUUACUAUUUCAUAACCAACAUAAUGUCAACUAUUAAAAAUGCUAAAUGCGCGACCAGGAUUCAUAAUAAAGUUUCUGAAAUGUGCUCUGAUCGUAAAAUUUCUGAAAAAAAGUUCUCUGAUUGAGUUAAAAAAGUUAUUUCCGUAUGCUGUGCAUAACAUUCCAUUUUUACUUGAACCGCUUACACAACCUCGUUCGGCCGCUCACAUAUAUAUAGAUUUGUAAAUUUAUAUCUCUUAUAUACUUAUAUUCGAACAGUACCUGUAAAUAGGUUAUAUUUAUUUGAAUUAAAUAAAUAUAAGCCGGGAAAAUCAAAGUUAAAGUUUAUGUAAAUAAACACGAUUUUUUAUCACAUAUAAAACCACUGACACAGUCG